CGAAAUGUAAAUUUGUGUAAAUGAAAAAAAAAACUGACUGCCGCAGUCGAGAGUCAAACCUCAAAAAGAAAAAUAAAUAUUUACAAAUACAGAUUUCAAUUAAUGUCCGCAACAUGUCCGCGCUGCCGAGAGUCGAUAUAGAUCAGCCUAAAUUCGAUCAAAGCACGUAUAUUGGACGCUUCAAACACUUCUUCUUGCUCACCAAUCCGUUAAACUUGCUCACUAGCAGCGCCGAAUUAGAGCGUUCGCAACGCAUCGUCAGGAACUACCGCGCCGGCAAAGACAUAACGAGUGACGUAAGCACACUUGACGAACUGUGGCAUGCUAAAUAUAUAUACGAUUCAGCAUAUCAUCCGGAAACAGGCGAAAAGUCACCGCUCAUCGGACGCAUGUCGGCGCAAAUGCCCAUGAACACCAUUAUUACGGGCUGUAUGCUCUCUUUUCACAAGAGUACGAGCGCCGUUGUCUUCUGGCAGUGGUUCAAUCAGACCUUCAAUGCCAUAGUGAAUUAUACCAAUCGCUCGGGUUCUUCUAAGCUCACCACUGGCGAUUUAGUUAAGUGUUAUUGUUUAGGUACAGGUGGCGCCUUGGGCACCGCCCUGUCAUUGAAUCGCCUUACAGCGAAUAUGCCACCGCUUAUUGGACGUCUGGUGCCGUUCGUGGCCAUCUCGGCGGCGAAUUGCAUUAAUGUGCCUAUGAUGCGUUCACACGAAAUUCGCAAUGGUGUGGUGCUGCUGAAUGAGCAGGGGCGUGAAGUGGGCGUGUCAAAGCGUGCCGCCAUCACCGGCAUUGCGCUGGUCGUGCUGAGUCGCAUUGCUAUGGCCAUACCCGGUAUGACCUUCACACCGGUACUAAUAGAUAAGUUGGAUAAGCCAGGCAAGUUACUCAAUCGGCUGCCGUGGCUGAACCCACCAUUACAAACGGGGAUUUGUGGGUUGCUGCUGAUAUUUGCUACACCGAUGGGUUGCGCGCUGUGGCCACAGAAAAUGAAUAUCAAAAUAGAAAAAUUGGAGCAUGAAGUUCAGGCAGACGUCAAAAAAAAGAAUCCAGACUUAAAAGUGGUGUGGUUUAAUAAAGGACUUUGAAAUGAAGGUCCUGAAGAAACAGAUUUGCGAAUAUCAAAGCAAAAAAUAUUCAAAUACAAAUAAUUGGAAGAAACGCAAAGGAAUCUUUGCGCUGAAAGACGUGUCAAAAUAAGCGAAGGCAAAUGCAAAGGGAGGCUCACAGUCAACUAAAAAUUAAUAAAAAGUAAACAAACACUCAGCCAAAAGGCAAAGCGCUGAAACACUUCUGUAUUUAAAAGGAAAAACAACACCAAAAACAGCAAUUACAAUCGUGUCAAAACCACAAAAAGUAUUCCAAAAAAGUGCCAAAAACAUUGCCACCAAGCGACAAAGAGAAGACAUGUGUGUUGCUAGCGCAUGUGGUAUCAUUUGGAGCCGCCUCUAGGAUGAAUAAUACCGUGUUUCAAUGCCUGUGACAAUUUAGGAACACAGAGGGAUGCACUUUUUUGUGGCGUUUUUCAACUUCAGCAGCAUUUUUGCUGCAUAUGCCGAUAUGAAGCAGUGAUCAUAUUAUCCUUAAGAAGAGCAAAGGAUGCUGCGGGAAUAACAAACGAGGCAGAGUUCAAUCGCAGAUCGAAGCUAACUUAUUUCCUGCCAUAAAUGAAACAGUAAAAUCGAACCUACUCGAA